UUCUUCUACUACCUUCUCUUCCUCACAACACCACAUAUAUAUAUUAACUGCAACUGCACCAGAAAAAUAUAUAUAUAUAUAUAUAUAUAUAUAUAAAAGAAUGUCAGGAGUUUGGGUUUUCAAUCCUAAUGGCGUAAUAACUACCCAAAAUACUUCCAAGAGAAAGGUUUUGGUGCACUUGCCAACAGACCAAAUUAUAUCUUCUUACUCUUCUCUGGAGCAGAUCCUGAAAGAAUUAGGAUGGGAGAGGUACUAUGGUGGUGACCCUGACCUCUUCCAAUUCCACAAACAAUCUUCCAUUGAUCUAAUCUCUCUGCCAAGGGAUUUCUCCAAGUUCACCUCCGUUUACAUGUACGAUAUUGUGAUUAAGAACCCCAAUAUCUUCCACGUUCGCAACAUGUAAACGUAAGCUGUGCGUGAUCUUCUCUAUAUGCUACGCCAUCCCUUUUAUUAGCUUGUUUUCUUAUUUGUGUGUUUUGUUUCAUGAGUGUGUAGGCUUUAUUUGGUUUUUCCUUCCUUUACUAUAUAAAAAAUAAGAAGGAAGCUGCUGGCUGUUUAAUUAUGUGUUUUUUUUUUGUACUGUAACA